UGCGUUCCGGCGUUCCUCUCUUGGCUUUCUUUACCCGCUGGGCUCUUCAGAUUCGCCAUAGAAUAACCGUCUUUCCUCCGCCCUUAUUGUAGACGAUAAAAAUCCCUGGGUGAUGUACGAAGGUGUCUGGCUCGGGAUAAACCUGGGCAGGGAACAAAAGCGCGGGGGCGCUGGGACGCCGUGUGGAAUGUGCUGAGGCGGAAAGGCAGGCGGCUUCCCGCGAGUCGCUGCUGCCCGGACAGCCAGGAGCUCGGUGUUGGUUGGGAACAAAGGGGCCGAGGCCGGUGCUGGAGCGGAAUCUGAGAUAUAAUGUUAGCAGGCUGAAAAUUUAUCUACCAAAAUGUCAAAAAGGCCAUCCUAUGCCCCACCUCCUACCCCUGCUCCCACAACCCAAAUGCCCAGCACACCAGGGUUUGUGGGAUACAAUCCAUACAGCCAUCUGGCCUACAACAACUACAGGCUGGGAGGGAACCCGGGCACCAACAGCCGGGUCACGGUAGGAGAAUCAACUAUUACAUCAUCCGGCAAACAACAGGAAUUGACCAGAAAUGGCUUUAGAGCUUCCUCUGGUAUUACAAUUCCCAAACCCCCAAAGCCACCAGAUAAGCCUCUGAUGCCCUACAUGAGGUAUAGCAGGAAGGUCUGGGAUCAAGUGAAGGCAUCCAACCCUGACUUGAAGUUAUGGGAAAUUGGCAAGAUCAUUGGAGGGAUGUGGCGAGAUCUCACUGAUGAGGAGAAACAAGAGUACUUGAAUGAAUAUGAAGCAGAAAAGAUAGAGUACAAUGAAUCCAUGAAGGCCUACCAUAACUCACCAGCUUACCUUGCCUACAUCAACGCAAAGAGUCGGGCUGAGGCUGCGUUAGAAGAAGAAAGCCGACAAAGGCAAUCACGCAUGGAGAAAGGUGAACCCUAUAUGAGCAUCCAGCCAGCAGAAGACCCAGAUGAUUAUGAUGAUGGAUUUUCUAUGAAGCACACAGCUACAGCCCGCUUCCAGAGGAACCACCGUCUGAUUAGUGAGAUACUGAGUGAAAGUGUGGUACCAGAUGUCCGUUCCGUUGUCACUACAGCUAGAAUGCAAGUUCUCAAACGUCAAGUUCAGUCUUUAAUGGUUCAUCAGCGAAAACUGGAAGCUGAGCUCCUGCAAAUAGAAGAGCGCCACCAGGAAAAGAAGAGGAAGUUCUUGGAAAGCACAGAAUCCUUUAACAAUGAACUGAAGAGGUUAUGCAGUUUGAAGGUGGAGGUGGACAUGGAAAAAAUAGCAGCUGAAAUUGCUCAGGCUGAGGAACAGGCCCGCAAGAGGCAGGAGGAAAGGGAAAAAGAAGCAGCUGAGCAAGCUGAAUGCAGUCAGACAAAUGCAGCAUCUGAGGAAGAGCAAGCAGUUAACAAGACAGAGGAGAAGAAGGAAGAAGAGAGCGCUCCCAUGGAGACAGAGGAGGCUCACCCAGAAGAAACUACAGAGAACCAGCAGAAUGGUGAAGAAGGAACGUCCACACCAGAAGAUAAGGAGAGUGGCCAGGAAGGGGUUGACAGUACUGCAGAGGAAGGAACUAGUGAUAGUAACACUGGUUCAGAGAGCAAUAGCGCAACAGUUGAGGAGCCUCCAGCAGACCCUGCCCCUGACGAUAUAACUGUUUCACAAGAGAGAAGAGGCAGGUGGUUCUUGCAUGCUCUGAAGUGUCAUGUGCACAUUUCCAAAUGAUCAGAAGCUCGAUCUGCUCCCAGUGCUAUUACUGUGGUUAUGGUAUGCCUCAGGGCUGUUUUAUGUAAUGUGGGAUUUGUAUUUGCAUCAGUCUUUGUUUAUCUAUGCUCUUUGAUCCCUUUGUUCAGUACAAAUGAUUUUAUCCAAAGGUGUGGCAAAAUAUAAAGCAAGGGAAUAUUUACACAUCAUAUUUCUUGCCCUCCCGUGCUGACUCUGCUGUAAACACAGAACAAACAGUAACAAAUAGACACCUCCCUUGACAUGAGCUUUCAAAAUCUCUAGCAGUUUCAAAAACUGAAAAUUCUAUUGUCCCCUACCCCAAAAACCACCCCUUCCAAAUAAAAUGCUCCUUAACUUUUGAUAAAAUUAAGGCAGACACUGGACAUUUCAUGACUUUUUCCAGCUAAAGAGAGCACAUGAUGCAUUUGCUUUAUGUAAACUCUAGUAUGUUUUUACUGAAUAGUAGUAUUUCUGAUAGUGUGUUCUCUUUAAAAACAAAAUAAAACCCUUUUGGC